UUUCCAUUUGAGCAGAAAUGGAUUUAGGUAAGAUAUCCUGCAGGCAUUUCUCUGCAAAGUAAACGCAGAAGGUGAACGGCCGGCGGGUUAUCGCUUUGGGAGAGAGCAAUGUUUACCCUCCAUGUACUGAAUAACUCAGCGGUGUUCUGGUAUGUUUGUGUGUGUGUGUGUGCGUGUGGUGAAAACAAACAGUGAGAGCAAGAGCAGAUGGAGUGGCGAACAACGCACAGAGCAACGCACUGCGAGAGAGGACAUCAAAAAAAGAGAAAGUAAAGGUGGUGCCUUAAGGUCAAAGGUCAAAUGUGUGAGUCACAUGAUUGUAACCAGGAAGCGGUGGAGCGAUCCAGUGAGUCCUCGGUCUUCCUUCCUCUCUACAGUGGAGCAGGAACAACGCUUUCAUCGGAACGAACUUAUCGAAGAUGAUGAGAAACGAGGAGGUCGCAGAGGCUCAGGACUGUCAGGGUGGAAUCUCUAUGCACCUCUUCCUUCAUCUUUCACUCGUACCAGCAGUGUUGAUCGUUGGGGUGCUGUCGUUCCUCCAGAAGAGAGACCACAGACUGUCUAUCGACCGCAGAUUGCCGUUCCUGGAGGGACGCUUUGGUAUCGUUGUGCCUUUGGAUAGUAUCGGCACCCUCAGUAACCGCUGGUCCUACGGGUUUGCAUUUGGCGCCGUGUCCUCCAGCGUCCUGCUGCUCUUCUCUGAAAGUUACAUCCUCUUCCCCGUCCCGUCGUGGGCCCGAGCUGUAGUGUAUCUGAUUGGAGCGUUAGAGGUGGGCCUGGUCUUCUUCCCUUUCUUUGCCUGUCUGUCCACGCCUUUCAGAAAAACCGGGGCCGUCCUGGGGAUACUCUACUCCCUGUCCUGGAUCAUGGUGACAGUCUGGGAUACAUUCACCUGUCCUGAUGGUAAGAUUCUUGGUAAAUACCAGAAGUUGAUUGUCCAGUGGCCCUGCAUCCUCUCCCUCGUCUUCCUAUUGGGAAGAUUUAUCUAUAUUCUGGUGAAAGCCGUUCGAAUACAUCUGCAGGUGGAACAGGAGGAUCCUGCAGAGCUGAUAGGGCAGCAUCAGGUGCAGCACGUCAAGAGACUGCUGAGGAAAACCCCGGCUCACAGUAAACGGCGCAGCUGGCUCCGGUAUGAGUGGGACCCUUACUUCAAGUUCCCCAACAGGAUCAUCGGCACGGUCGUUAUCUCGCUAAUAGGCCUGUACACGAUGACGCUGGCCGACUACAGUCUCAGUAAUGUGGCUUUUGACCAUGUAGACCGGUGGAAGGAUACGCUGAAGCAGCUGCUUACGUCCUGUAACGAGACUGAAGCUCUGGGAGCCGUGAUACCACAGCUGGAAGAAUUCAUCGAAGUGGCUAGAAGAUCUUGGCUGGCUACCACCAUCUUUGCUAGUCUCAACUCUGUAGCCUACUGCUUCCAUAUCUUGGCUUGUUACAGAAAACACAUGAAGAGGCUGUGGAAAGGGCAGAAGGGGUUUCUUCCAGAGAAAUUUCACAACCCUCGCUCCGCAGUCAGCGUAGCUUCCAUCGCAAGAUACUCUGGUUGGCAGAUAGCGUUUACAUUGUGGGGCUACCUGAUAGUCCACUUUGUCUACUUCCUGUUUGCUCUGGUGUUUGUCUAUGUGCUGGUUCUUCCCGUAGUGCACGGAAAAGCACUAAGCAUGCUCAGCAGUCUGGGCAUCAUAGCUCUUACCAUAUGUUUGGUCAUUGGUCUGGUGAUUCUCCAGAUCGCUCUGGUUCAGAUCUUCUUCCUGCAGGACAAAAUGUCCCCUACGGAUACACAGAAGCCUCUGGCUCUCAACAACAGGAAGGCGUUCCACUGCUUCAACUACUUCUUCUUUUUCUACAACGUGGUGAUGGGGAUCAGCAACUGCGUACUGAGGCUGCUGUGCAGCAUUGUGGUGGGAACGUGGCUGGUGUCCCGCAUCGACAGGAGCAUUAUGCAACGAGGAUAUGAAACCAUCGAUGCUGGCUACAGCACUUGGAUUGGGAUGAUCUUUGCUGACCACUAUCAUAGCAAUCCAGUUAUGGUGUGCUUCUGCCAGCUGCUGGUCUCCAACUCACUGGACAAACACACCGCGUCUGCAUACUCCACAUUCAACAACGUGCCAUCUGAAUCCCCAGUGAACAGCCAAGCAAGGCGGCGUUGGAUGUUGUGCUAUACCUUAAUGAGGAACCCCACCCUGAUCCUGCUCAGGAAGCACCACCUGUCUUCAUCUUCCACAUUAAAUACAUCAUCAUCAUCAUCUCCUCAUCCAGACACGGUGGUGCAGGCUCGAGUCAUGGCCUUCAAAACACAGAACCACCGAGCAGAGUCACAGCCUCCACCAGAGAUACUCAUCACACCGGCGAAAGACUCUUAAAUGAACAUAAACAUGUAACUUCUCAUUGCUGUUUGGUGGUGCUGAUGCAAACGAAGAGAGCUCGGCGCACAUUGAAAACAAGCGUGUGUAAACUUCAGCUGUGUAUGUGUAGGUUUUAAAUGUUAUUGCAAACAGAUGCUGUCAGUUUGAAUAAAAAACAAAUUGUACAAUA